AUGCGUUGCACACCUCACGCUCAGGUGGCUGCUGUCACGCUGAUAGCGGUAGCGCUGCUGCUAUUCGUGGGAGGAACUGCAGACGCUGCUACCGCGGAUGAGGCAUCUCGGGUGGUGGAGCUGACUCGGGACACAUUCGACGCGCAUGUCAGUGGGUCCGACAAGUACACGUUUGUGCUGUACUGCGUCAAGUGGUCUCGUCAGUGUAAGACGAUGAUUCGCCUGUGGGACCGCUUGUCGAUUAGCCAGUCAAAAAAGGAGCUGCGCGAGGUCUUCACCGCCGCGUACGUGGACGGCGACAAGUAUCCUGACUUGGUGGAGCGGGUGAAUGUGAAGGGCUUCCCGACGAUGUUGUUCUACACACCUUUGCACACAGAGGGGCUCGAGUACAACGGGCCUCGCGAGUUGUACCUGCUGGACAGCUUUGUAUUUCAGUUCUCGUAG